AUGUCAUUUCCCUCCAAGGCUUUAGUUUACCAAAUCAGCCAAUAUGGAAGCCCCGAGCCUAAGCCCCAGCCCAAGCCCGAAUCGCCUAGCGGCGGUAAGGGCAACGCCUCGCAGGGCUCCUGGCUUUGCGGUUGUGGUGCCCGCAACCCCGUCGGCACCAAGACCUGUGGUACCUGCGGCAAGCGCUAA